UCAGCACAGUGCGCCCCCUACUUCGUUACUUAUAUUUGAUAUGUGAUGUGGAGAAUAGAUUGGCUUAUGUAAAAAGAAAAAGAAUAAAAAAAAAUUAUAUUAGGUUAAUAAAAGAAGUAGCACGUUAGAAUUAUUUCUAAAAAUGGUACUUAUCGCUGCUGCUGUAUGCACAAAGGCGGGAAAAACCAUCAUUUCCCGUCAAUUCGUUGAAAUGACAAAAGCAAGAAUUGAAGGAUUACUAGCUGCAUUUCCAAAGUUAAUGAGUUCCGGUAAACAGCAUACUUUUGUUGAAACAGAAUCUGUGAGAUAUGUUUAUCAACCAUUAGAAAAAGUAUACAUGCUACUCAUUACGACGAAGGCUAGCAAUAUCUUAGAGGAUUUAGAAACUUUACGACUCUUUGCAAGAGUGAUCCCAGAAUAUUGUGUUUCAAUGGAUGAACUUGAAAUAGCAGAUAAUGCAUUCAAUUUAAUAUUUGCAUUUGAUGAAAUCGUCGCUUUAGGAUAUAGAGAAAGUGUCAAUCUUGCGCAAAUAAGAACUUUCGUAGAAAUGGAUUCUCACGAGGAAAAGGUUUAUCGUGCAGUGAGAAUGACUCAAGAACGUGAAGCUAAAAAUAAAAUGCGUGAGAAAGCUAAAGAAUUACAACGGCAACGAAUGGAAGCGAAUAAGAAAACUGGUAUCAAAAAUCCAGGUUUUGGUAGUGGUUAUGGAAGCAGUGGUGGUUUCACUCCAACUCCUACGGUUGGAGAUACUGCUAAUUUUGUUCCUGAUACAGUAAGACCAUCAUAUACUCCAGCACAAAAGUCAGCCAAUACUGGUCCAGGGGCUAUGAAACUUGGUGGAAAAUCUCGUGAUGUUGAUUCGUUUGUUGACCAAUUGAAAGAAGAAGGUGAAAAUGUCGUAAGCGCUCCACUUGUAGCGUUAGGAGCAAAAUCUGUGCCAAUCAGUCCUCAGAUAAUUAACACUGAACCUGUUCACCUACGACAAGAAGAGAGACUUAAUGUACGCAUUGGACGUAAUGGAGGUCUUCAACAUUUUGAGUUACAUGGUUUAGUCACGCUGCAUAUCUCUGAUGAAAAGUGGGGUCGUAUCCGUGUCCAACUUGAAAACAGAGAUUCAAGAGGAAUUCAAUUACAAACUCAUCCAAAUGUCGAUAAAGAAUUAUUUAGGACUCGUGGCCAAAUUGGAUUAAAAGUACCUUCUAAACCAUUCCCUUUGAACACAGAUGUUGGUGUUUUAAAGUGGCGUUUACAAGCUCAAGACGAAACAGCAUUACCAAUUUCAAUAAACUGUUGGCCUAGUGAAAGCAGUGAUGGGGGUUGGGAUGUAAACAUUGAGUAUGAAUUACAACAAGAUGAUCUUGAAUUAAAUGAUGUAAACAUAAACAUUCCACUUCCAAUUGGAUGUACUCCUAUAGUAAGCUCAUUUGAUGGACAAUAUACGCAUGAGACAAAGAAAAAUAUAUUAAUAUGGUCGCUACCAUUAGUCGAUGCCUCGACAAAGUCUGGUUCAAUGGAAUUUUUUGCCCCAUCUUCAACGCCCGCAGAUUUUUUUCCACUUCAUGUUUCUUUUGCAUCCAAGACGUCGUAUGCCAAAAUAAAGAUCACGGAAGUUUUAUUAGUAGAAGAUGAGAAUCCUGUAAAACAUUCUAUAGAAACAGUUUUCUUUACUGACAAUUACGAAGUGGUAUAAGUCGCAAAAAAGAAAAGAAAAGUAGAUGUUAGUCUACAUACGCUUUGAACUCAUGGAAAUGAAUACGAUACAUUGGAAAACGUAAUUUUGAUGAUAAGCAACUAGCCUAAUUAGUAUUCAUAUGCCAAUCAGAUUUCUAUUUCCAUAUGAUCAUUUACUUAAUGAUCUCAUGGUAACUGCAAAAAUGUAUUGCAGUUUAUUAAUCUGCACAUUACAAUCAUAUUGUAAUAAUUGUAUGUUCAAUAUUAAUUUAUCCGAAACAAAAACGUCAAAAAAGUGUAUUUUAAUUAAGAAAAAGAGGUAAAUAUCUUCAAAUAUAGUCAAGUUUAAUCAAGUUUAUUGAAUUAAUUACAUAUAUAGAAUAUAGAAUAUUAACGCUAUGUUUGAUUAUUUCCUUCAAAUUAAAAUAUUAAAUGACAAAGGCUGUCAUUUAUUUUCACAAAGGACAAAUAAUUUCACUGUUUAUAUGCCUUUUGCGUAUUGUUGUAUACAUAAGACUACUUCUUUAGUAUACUAAAAAAAAAGAGAAAGAAGAAAAAAAAGUAAAAUUUUUUCUUCUAACAUUAUAUUAAAUGUUAUAGUUGCAUCAAUUCCUUUACUUCUUCUAUUAUAAUUACGUAUAAAAAUAUUUAGAAACGUAAUUUUAGUUUGGGUUACUGAAAUUUAUAAAUAUUUCUUUUAUCGUAUAUACACAUAUAUAUUGUGAUUAUAUUAUAUUCUAUAUAUAUUUUUUUCUUAUCACCAAACGUUACACUUAAGAAACGUAUUAAUCCUUACAUCGAAAUUUGUAUCUUUAAAUAAUUUUAAUAUAUAUGAAACACACAGUUAUACUACUUAUGUAUGUGCUAAAUGUGUAUAUAUAAUACGUAUAUAUGCUAUGACUUUUUAUAUGCACAUACCGAGAUAAAAUAUCUAUUAUUUUUAAACAAAUUUAUUUGAAUCUUUUAUAAAAUGUUUCGAAUUAGUUAUGAAUUAAUGAGUAUUGUUAUACUUGGAAGUAUGUAUUAUAGUUAAAAAUAAUAAUAAAUCAAGUAUAUAUUUUAUUGUUCAUUAAUGCAUGUUUAAAACAAAGCAAACUACAUAUUCAAUAUAAAUGAUGCUAUUUAAUGGAUAUAUCGGGUGGAAGCAAUCAUAAAAAUUGAUUAUUUAAAUUUUUUGAAAGUAUUGUUUGGAGAAAUGUUUUUAAAAUAAAUACUAUAGAAGUGAUUAUUUAUUUAAUUUGAUUACACAAACAUGCGCAUAUACAUCAAUGUGUAGGAAUUGUUAAUGUUAAGAUAAAUAUUAGGUAGAAUUCAUAUAUUAUAAUAAAAUUAUUUUUACUGGUA